AUGUUAUUCUUGUAUAGGGAACGCUUUGGAGGUAGUGCUGGCCUAUUGGAGCGCUUCCCUGUUGGAUAGACGAGUCACGUGACUGAAUAUAUUUUACUGAGGCAACAGUGGAUCUUGGUUCUGGUAGGAGCCGUCGUUGGCGAAGUUGGACGGAACAGUUAAAUCGUAUAUUUACCAAUUGGAAAAUUUUCGUUGCUAGCUGAAUUUAUAAGCGGAAGUUUAAUUCCCCGAGUGUUUUAUCAGCUAGGCAUUGUGUUUAAAUUAUUUGGAAAAUAUCGAAUAAGGUUGAAAUGUCGGCACCUGGAAAAAUCUAUUCUGUGAACAUCGAGGAACUCAUAAAGGAUUACACGUGGAACAGAUUCCGGAAGACCAAGCAUUUAUUACGCCGGCCAUUCAUCAGAAAAUGCAAUUAUUACAUAGACAUCAACUGGGGCUAUCUCGAAUUUAAACACGACACUGUCAGAUUCGACAUCCGACCUGAUGGCGCAAGUACACUACCAGAGGAGGUAGGAACCGGAAGUACUCAAUGUAGUCCCAGUAAACAAGGCGUGGACAAGGACGGCAGCAAAAAUGUCGUUCUUUACAAAUCGAAGUACGAGAAUCGGACUCCACGAGAUCAGCAGUACACGUUCUCGACUACUCGUGAGACGAAGGCCUCGUGUACCGUGGAAUUCCAGGAAUCCUAUACCAAAGGGGGUGAGUGUAACGUCGAGAUCAAAGUUCCGGGCGAUAUCGUCACAAUAGGGGCAGGACUCAGCGGAGAACUUACAGUCACUAAGACCAAGACCGAAACGUUCGAGGAAACAAUUACGUGGCAGGUAAACACUCAAAUAAACGUGGCUCAGGGUCAUACGGCUGAGGCAACCGUGUUCGUGUCGGAAAGAAACAGUGUGGCUGACUUCGAAGUUAAAACCACUAUGUCACUUCCGGACGGAAAGGACAUGCCUGUCGCUGUGCGACGCAUCUCGGACGACUCGAUUUUGUACACGGAUAUUAUAAACGACCUGGCGUAUGUGUUUUCGGAAAUGUCUAAGAAAGCAAAUAACAUUGUAAAACUGGAGAAGAGCAAAGACCAUAAACGAGGCAUGCUACGAUCGAAUGUCAUCUUAACAACACACGGCACGUGUAAAAGCGUGUCGUGGAAGAACCAAAACGUCAAUGUCCGUUCUAAAGAAGUAGUAAAAGAGGAAGUCGAAUCCUUUGUAGCAGAGGAUGGCGACGAAACGUGAAAGGGUCGCUCAAAAAUGUGAUUACGGGCUUAUAACGCUUUGGCAAUUAUCGUCUACACGUAUUGAUUACCAGAUAAACUAUUCAACGUGCAUUUCUCCUGCUAUUAAACAUGGGACAUAGGAGACAGAAGACUGCCGUCAUUUGACAACUGCUAUUACUUUAGAAAUACUAUUAACACCGGACACAGUAUUUCACAAUGUCACAUUACUUUAAGAAUGCGUAUCUUAUCCGUUUUACGUCAAUUUGAGCUGUUAUAGUUGUGUCAUGAAGUCCAGCUUCACUGAGUGAUGUUUAUGAUUUCGAUAUAAUGUGAUUCCGGAGUUGUUGGUGAUAAAUGCUGUACUGGUGAUAUUGAAGCUUGUUCUAGGACUCUUUGUUGACGCUAUGUUAAUGCAUAUUAUACUAUUAAAUAUAUAGAACGUUA